UUCAGCAGAAAGUGAAAACACGGACGGUCGGUCCGCCGCAGACCCCUUCUGCCAUGGUGAAACCGUUCACCGGGAACCGUUAACGACUCCGGAGACAGGGCUACGUAACAGCGACUGCAGCACUGGCAGCCUCGUCCAUCCAGGCCGUCCCCCUGCCCUCGUCCCCUGCCCGGCCUUCACAUUGAGGCCCACCCCUCCAACCUGCCGUCCUUGCUGCAGAAUCCCAGCGAGCACAUCAUGGUAGAUGUGACCAAAUGGCCCCUUUUCAGCCUGAUGGGGCCUCAGGAGCUUUCAUCCAUACGGAAAGCAUGCGUGUUUGGAACGUCCGCUAAUGAGGCCAUCUACAUUACCAACGAUGAUGAGGUGUAUGUGUUUGGGCUGAACUGCAGUAACUGCCUGGGAACAGGAGACAGCCAGAGCACAAUAGUACCCAAGAAGCUGGACUUCCUCAGCGGCAGGAAGGUGGUCAGCCUGAGCUACGGCAGCGGACCCCACAUCCUGCUGGCCACAGAGGAUGGAGAGCUGUUUGCCUGGGGCCAUAACGGCUACAGCCAACUGGGAAAUGGGACAACCAACCAAGGAGUGGCUCCGGUGCUGGUGUCUGCCAACCUGCUCAAUAAGAAGAUCACAGAGGUGGCCUGUGGCUCGCACCACUCCAUGGCUCUGACUGACUCAGGAGAAGUGUACGCAUGGGGCUACAACAACUGUGGUCAGGUGGGCUCGGGCUCCACAGCGAACCAGCCCACACCCCGCAGAGUGUCCAGCUGCCUGCAGAACAAGGUGGCCGUCAGCAUCGUCUGCGGUCAGACCUCAUCGUUAGCAGUCGUGGAUAACGGAGAGGUGUACGGUUGGGGUUAUAAUGGGAACGGACAACUGGGACUUGGAAAUAACGGGAACCAGCUCACUCCCUGUCGACUUGCAGGUCUGCAGGGUUUAUGUGUGCAACAGAUUGUCUCAGGCUAUGCCCACUCCUUGGCACUGACCGACGAGGGGUUGCUUUACGCUUGGGGUGCCAACACAUAUGGACAACUGGGCACCGGGAACAAGAGCAACCAGCUGAGCCCAGUUCAGAUCAUGACUGAGAAAGAGAGAAUCGUAGAGAUCGCUGCCUGUCACUCCACACAUACAUCAGCUGCUAAGACCCAGAGUGGUCAGGUGUACAUGUGGGGUCAGUGCAGGGGUCAGUCCUUGGUCCUGCCUCACCUGACACACUUUACCUGCACCGACGAUGUCUUUGCAUGCUUUGCCACGCCCUCGGUGAUGUGGAGGCUCCUUUCCAUGGAGCACGAUGACUUCUUGACCGUGGCUCAGUCUCUGAAGAAGGAGUUUGACAACCCAGAGACAGCUGACCUUAAGUUCUGCGUUGAUGGCAAAUAUAUCUAUGUCCACAAAGCAGUUCUCAAAAUCAGGUGUGAACACUUCAGAUCAAUGUUUCAGUCCCACUGGAAUGAAGACAUGAAGGAGGUGAUUGAAAUAGACCAGUUCUCCUACCCCGUCUACCGCUCCUUCCUGGAGUUCCUCUACACUGACAAUGUGGAGUUGCCUCCUGAAGAUGCCAUCGGGCUGCUGGAUCUGGCGACGUCCUAUUGUGAGAACCGCCUGAAACGUCUGUGUCAGCACAUCAUCAAGAGGGGGAUCACAGUGGAAAACGCCUUCUCUCUGCUGUCUGCUGCUGUGCGCUACGAUGCAGAGGACCUGGAAGAGUUCUGCUUCAAGUUCUGCGUAAAUCACCUGACGGAGGUGACCCAGACCACUGCUUUCUGGCAGAUCGAUGGCAAUCUGCUCAAAGAUUUCAUAUGUCGAGCCAGUCGCUGCGGAGCCUUUAAAAACUGACCUCAACCCGAGGUGAUGAUCGGAGCAGAGGAUGCUGCGGGACCCCAGGAGUGAUUUCUCCAAGUACGUCAUCACCUCCAGUCGACUACGCUCGCUGACAGAUGGUUACACAGUGGAGGUUGUUAGAUGAGCACCAUCACUGCUGAAUCUGUUACUCGUCUCAUUCCAGAUGAGAAUGUACAUAAGCUGUACAUAGGAAAAUGAUAAGCUGACAGGUAGCAGCAUCGUUACAUACAGUAGCUGUUUCCCACAGUGCCUGGCCUAUUGAUUUACACAUAUUGUGUAAAGUGGGAGCUUAAAUGCAUCGAGAAGCAUGCUAGUGCUUGAUCAAGUUAUUUCUUUUUAACUUGAAAGUUUCCUGGCCUGAUAUCACUUUACGUUUUCUAUUUUUUUCUGUUGAAUCGACCAAGUUAUUUCAAGGGGUUUGCACUUUUGUUUUGAAUAUCAUCGUUUGGGAUGUGCCAUCUGGAUUCAUUGUUUUUAGGUUGAAGUAUGAGACUUUUUGCACUUGUAGAUGUCAGGAUUGAAAAACUAUUUGAGGUCUGAACACUGACAUAUUAAUACUUCAGCAUUCGAGGCUGGAUUAAAUCCAUUCAGGUCAAAUUCCAGUCAGCGUAAAGUGGUCCUAGUGGCCUCCACAGCUGCAAUGGUAAGGUGUGAGGAUGUAAGUUACAGAGUCAGGUUCAGUCUUAAAUUCUAAAUUUCACUCUGUUUGUUGAUGCCACGGGUUGGUUUGUGUUAUUAUGGGCAGCUCCAUAACAUUAAUCCAUCUAAUCAUCUAUUUUUACCACACAAAUAAUUCAGUUGGUAAGAACGAGCAGUUACAAAUGUACAGAACCAUAAGAAACUAAGGAGACUUCUGGUUUGUUUCAACCUGCCAUAGUUCCUAUUAUUGUGGCUUUAGGUGUCAGAUAACUUUUCUGUUACCUCUGCUGUAGAGAUUCAGGGGAAUGAGGAGUCACACAGAACAGCCAUUUAGCAUGAGCUCCCUGCAGCGUUCCAAAGAAAGACGACUUUUACAUGAAUCAAUUUAAACAUUUGUUUUUCACGUGCGACUGAAAGUAAACACAGGAAUUGGUCAUCUUGAAAGGCCAGUUUGCUAACUAUGUAGAGCUUUUCUCAUUGUAUGGAGAGCUAUGUAAAUGCACAUGUA